AUGGUGGAACACCUUGCACACUUGAAAACAGUAUUAUCUGUUUUACAGAAGCAGUCCUUGUUUGCAAAAAGAUCAAAAUGCAAGUUUGCAGUUACUGAAGUUGAUUAUCUUGGGCAUAUUAUCUCUGGGAAGGGAGUAAUGGCUGAUCCAACUAAAAUUUCUUCCAUGCUUGACUGGCCUAUACCAAAAACAGUGAAGGCACUAAGAGGGUUUUUAGGCCUUACUGGUUACUUUAGAAAAUUCAUGAAAGGUUAUGGAUCCAAUGCUGCUCCAUUAACAUUGUUAUUGAAGAAUAAUUCAUUUGCUUGGUCUGUAGAAGCUGAAGAAGCCUUUAAUCAUUUGAAGGUUGUUGUUGCAAAGCCUCCUGUCUUGAAGUUGCCAGAUUUUUCUAAAGAAUUUACCAUUGAGUGUGAUGCCUUGGAGGUGGGGCUAGGAGCUGUGUUAAUUCAGGAUAACCAGCCAUAG